AGGCAACAGGGAGGUGGAGGCUUUCACGCUCAAAAGGAAUGAGUCCCAGUGGCUGGCACAGAGAAGAAGGAGCGAAACGUCUUUGAGCAAGAUGGGUCUCUACCGCAUCCGCUUGUCCACGGGGGCCUCGCUCCAUGCGGGUUCCAAGAACCAGGUGCAGCUGUGGCUGGUCGGCCAGCACGGGGAGGCGGCGCUCGGGAAGCGACUGUGGCCCGCACGGGGCAAGGAGACAGAAGUCAAGGUGGAAGUGCCCGAGUACCUGGGGCCGCUGCUGUUUGUGAAGCUGCGCAAACGGCCCCUCCUUCAGGACGACGCCUGGUUCUGCAGCUGGAUCUCCGUGCGGGGCCCCGGAGACGGGGACGAGGUCCGGUUGCCUUGUUACCGCUGGGUGGAGGGCGACGGCGUCCUGAGCCUGCCCGAAGGCACCGGCUGCACUGUGGGCGAAGACCCUCAGGGCCUGUUCCGGAAACACCGGGAAGAGGAGCUGGAAGAGAGAAGGAAGCUGUACCGGUGGGGAAACUGGAAGGAUGGGUUAAUUCUGAGUGUGGCUGGGACGAAACUAAGUGACCUCCCUGUGGAUGAGCGAUUUCUGGAAGACAAGAGAGUUGACUUUGAGGCUUCGCUGGCCAAGGGGCUGGCGGACCUUGCUAUCAAAGACUCUUUAAACGUUCUGACUCGCUGGAAGGAUCUGGAUGACUUCAAACGGAUUUUCUGGUGUGGCCAGAGCAAGCUGGCAGGCUUGGAUGGAGGCACACUGUUUGAAGCUGACUUCUCCCUGCUGGAUGGGAUCAAGGCCAACGUCAUUCUCUGUAGCCAGCAGUACCUGGCUGCCCCUCUGGUCAUGCUGAAACUGCAGCCUGAUGGGAAACUCUUGCCCAUGGUCAUCCAGCUCCAACUACCCAGCGCAGGAUCCCCGCCACCUCCACUUUUCUUGCCCACGGAUCCUCCAAUGGUCUGGCUUCUGGCCAAAUGCUGGGUGCGCAGCUCUGACUUCCAGCUCCAUGAGCUGCAGUCUCAUCUUCUGAGGGGACACUUGAUGGCUGAGGUCAUUGCUGUGGCCACCAUGAGGUGCCUGCCGUCCAUACAUCCUAUCUUCAAGCUUAUCAUUCCUCACCUGCGAUACACCCUGGAAAUUAACGUCCGGGCCAGGACUGGGCUGGUCUCUGACAUGGGAAUUUUUGACCAGGUGGUGAGCACUGGUGGGGGAGGCCACGUGGAGCUGCUCAGGCGAGCUGGAGGCUUUCUGACCUAUAGCUCCUUCUGUCCCCCUGAUGACUUGGCUGACCGGGGGCUCCUGGGAGUGAAGUCUUCCUUCUAUGCCCAAGAUGCACUGCGGCUCUGGGAAAUCAUCUUUCGGUAUGUGGAAGGAAUCGUGAGUCUCCACUAUAAGACAGACGUGGCUGUGAAAGAUGACCCAGAGCUGCAGACCUGGUGUCGAGAGAUCACUGAAAUCGGGCUGCAAGGGGGCCAGGACCGAGGGUUUCCUGUCUCUUUACAGUCUCGGGAUCAGGUUUGCCGCUUUGUCACCAUGUGUAUCUUCACCUGCACCGGCCAACACUCCUCUGUGCAUCUGGGCCAGCUGGACUGGUACUCUUGGGUUCCUAAUGCACCCUGCACGAUGCGGCUGCCCCCGCCGACCACCAAGGAUGCAACGCUGGAGACAGUGAUGGCAACGCUGCCCAACUUCCAUCAGGCGUCUCUCCAGAUGUCCAUGACUUGGCAGCUGGGCAGACGCCAGCCCAUUAUGGUGGCUGUGGGCCAGCAUGAGGAGGAGUAUUUUUCGGGCCCUGAGCCUAAGGCUGUGCUGAAGAAGUUCAGGGAGGAGCUGGCUGCCCUGGAUAAGGAAAUCGAGAACCGGAAUGCAAAGCUGGACAUGCCGUACGAGUACCUGCGGCCCAGCCUGGUGGAAAACAGUGUGGCCAUCUGAGCGUCGCCAGCCUUUGGUUACUUCAGCCCCCCUCACCCAAGCCGCAAGCUGACCCCUUGGUGGUUACAGUCCUGCCCUCCCAAGCCCCACACUCUUCCCAUGUCCCACCCUCCCUCAAGGGGCACCUUUUCAUGGUCUCUGCACCCAGUGAACACAUUUUACUCUAGAGGCAUCACCUGGGGCCUUACUCCUUUUUCCUUCCUCCUUCCUUUCCUAUCUUCCUUCCUCCCUCUCUUCCUCGUUCUUCAUUCAGAUCUAUAGGGUAAAUAGCCACAAUUAUAUAAACCAUUUCAAGGCUAGAAUAGGGGGAUAAUACGUUUUACUCCACACCUUUUAUGAAUCAAAUAUGAUUUUGUUGUUGUUGUUAAGACAGAGUCUCACUUUGACACCCAGGCUGGAGUGCAGUGGCGCCAUCACCAUGGCUCAUUGCAGUCUCAGCCUCCUGGGCUCAAAUGAUCCUCCCUCCUCAGCCUCCCGAGUAGCUGGAACUAUAGGCUCAUGCCAUCGUGCCCAGAUAAUUUUUAAAAAUUUUUUAUAGAGAUGGGUCCUCACUAUAUUUCCUAAGCUGGAAAUAGGAUUUUGAACCCAAAUUGAGUUUAACAAUAACAAAAAGUUAUUUUACACUAAAGAUGGAAAAGAACUAGGACUAAAGUAUUUUAAAUAAAAUAUUGGCAAAAGAA